UUACAGGGUUGAAUGUUGCCAUUCAUUUUGUGACGCUGUGUAUUAUCGGUGUGGCUGACUGCCCCAGUGUUUAUGCUUGAGUCGGCUCGAUGAGUCUGAAUGAGUAUAAUGAACAUUGUUAGAGUGUCUGCAGCAGUAGCUGGAUCCUACCUAUUUCUGAAAAUCUCAUCCAAAAUGGCAUCAGCAGAUAACUCAAGCAGCGAGAGAGUGGACACGCCCACCUCUGAGGGAGCUAUGGCAACAGCAGACACACCUGAAGAUGGCCUAACACGAUCAGUUUUCAGGAAUGGUUGCUAUGAAAACCCAUGGCCAACUUGGAAAGAUAUACACAUCUCCAAUGUGUUGAAAUUCGUUUUGGAAAAAAGUAACAGCAAUGUACCAAAGAAAGAGGUCCUUGAUAAGGAGCUUCCUGUCCUGAAACCAGACUUUAGUAAAUUUGAUAAAUCGCCUGAUACUGGAGUGUGCACAAUGUGGGUCGGCCAUGCCACGGUGCUGGUGCAGUUCGAUGGAGUCACAGUCCUCACUGACCCCAUCUUCAGCAACAGAUGCUCACCAACUCAGUGGUUCUUUGGAAACAAGCGGUAUCGUAAGCCGCCAUGCACCGUAGAGGAUCUGCCUAAGGUUGAUGCUGUAGUGAUAAGUCACAAUCAUUACGAUCACCUGGACUACAACUCAGUCGUGGCAUUGAACAAGAAGUUUGGAGAUUCGCUAUGCUGGUAUGUCCCGCUGGGAUUGAAGCAGUGGAUGGUGUCAACUGGUUGUAAGAAUGUGCAGGAGCUGGACUGGUGGCAGGAGGUUGAACACCAUGCAGCUGACGGCGAAACUGUCAAGUUUGUCUGUACUCCGUGUCAACACUGGAGCAAGAGAACGCCAACAGAUGACUUCAAGACGCUGUGGGGCAGCUGGUCUGUGAUUGGUCCAAGGCAUCGAUUCUUCUUUGGGGGAGACACAGGGUACUGUGAAGUGUUCAAACAGAUAGGACACAAGUAUGGUCCGUUUUCACUCGCUGCUAUCCCAAUUGGCGCCUAUGAACCAAGAUGGUUUAUGCACCCACAACAUGUGAAUCCCAAAGAGUCAGUUCAAAUCCAUGAGGAUAUCCAGUCCAGAAUGUCUGUUGGAAUACAUUGGGGCACAUUCACUCUCACUAACGAGCCUUAUUUGGAACCUCGAGAAAAGCUCAAGGAGGAAUUAAAAGAGAAGAGUCUAGAUCCGGCAGAGUUUAUUACACUUCGACAUGGGGAGGUUACAGUGCUGGGUAAAGACGAAUACCUCAGUGUGGACUGAUCCAGGAAGGAAACUGAAGACACAGUACACGGACACUGGUUCUAACUUCACCAUUAACACUUUAUUGUUGUUAUUACUUGUUUUAGUCUUUUCUUGAUACGUGUGGUUUUUGUGGAAUAAAAUAAUUAGAAAUAACACUCUGAAGAGUUUACCUUAACAUAUAUGGUGGUUAGUUGCCAGGAGAACAUUUGCCAACUGUGCAGACGUAAGAGACGGCAAUAUUCCAUGUACGUAAUGCUUCCCUUAAUAAUCAAAUAAUCCAGUGGCCGAUAUUGUGAGUGAUUAUUCAUUCCAUUGAAUAAUGAUAACAAAUAAACAAAGAGAUGACCUGCCAAUCCACUAAGUCACGUCUUUCGAUCAGAAUAGGUUUCUAGGGACUUAUCGUCAUGCAGAAUCUUGAAACAGGCCUGAGUCUGGAACUUUCAUGUACAAUCAUGUGAUAGAUAAAACCAUUGUUCUAUUGUUAUAAUCUGUUGUGUUUGUAUAUUGUACUGUCAAGUUGAGUGCCAUAUUGUUCACAAUAAUAUAAUUUUUAAAUGUUUGGGAUGUUUGCCUUGAAGGAUACUAUUUAUUUUUUGAUGCGGAGUAUGAACAUUGUCAUCAAUAAUCUAAGUCAUGCUGUUACUGAUUCUUUUACUAUACACAUUUUUCAUGUUUGUUGUUUUAAACCACAUGCUCACCAGUAUGUUCAGAGGCUGUAACAUACAUGUACAAAGGCUGUAACAUACAUGUAACAAUCAUUCACAAAGACAAAACUAUUUUUCAUGUGUAGUCAAAGGCGUUCGUGAGUUAGGUACAGAAUGGUUUUCCUGCUGCAAUAAGCAAUACCACACCUCUGCUGUGAUGAAUCAUGAACCUGACAUGUGAUUGAUAUAAUGAUCAUAGACUUCGAUGUCCGGGAACGAGGGCACAAUGUCAGUCAAGUCAUCAUUGCAAGUCAUUGUAUCCCAAUAUUGAGCAGAUGGCUGCAUGUGAUUUCAGUCUCUCUGUUGCCUGGUCCGGGCUUGAUUGUUUACAGACCACGGUCAGUUGAGAUUUUGCUGAGUGCAGCAUUUAAUUCACAGCAAAGCAAAGUGAAUGUAUUCUCUGUGACAAUCUGGUACUAUGAUAUUGUAGGGUUGUAUGUAAAUAUAGUAUUCCUCCGGAUUAUGUGUGUUUUUAGUCUUGGUAUGUGCAAAGAUGACAUUACAUCAUAUUUACCUACAAAGAAGCAUUUUGAUAUCUCCAUAUUUCUAGAAUGUGUUUUACCCUCUUUAUUAUAAGAUGUUGUCAUACAUACAGAUUUGAUAUUAUUAUCACGAGGCUGUAGGUGUUGUUUUCAUCUCCCACUUGCCCUUUUUUUUUUAUUCGGAUGUGAAAUGAGGAAACAGCUCACCUUCAUAUUUCUUCAUUUACAUCCAUUUAAAGAUCGAGUCCUUUUGCUUCAGAAGCAAUCUACAUCAUAAAUUAAUUUAAAGACUAAUACCAAAUCGUAAAUAUUUCAUAUUUCACAAGCUACUCAUUCAAAAACAUUUUUUUAUUAUUUACUGCCUGCCUGCUUUCUUGCUCAUUGAGGAUAAGAAAAAUGUAAUAAAUAUCAAGGUCCAAGCAGUGACCCAUUUACUAGUUAUUAAUUUGUUUAAGACUGUGAGUGAAUUAAAAUAUAUUUAUUUUC